AUGCCCAACUCUGGCCGUGCGUUUCCAAUCACAGAGGCCCAGCUGGUCGCCCUGUUCAUGGAAUCCGUCUCGUAUGGCAUCCACGUGGUUACCUUCGCGCAGUGCAUGUACACCUGGUUCACGGUUCGGCGCUCGCGUGGAACAUCCAAGACGUGGCCAUGGAUGUUUGUUGCGGUCAUUCUAUUCGCUAUCGGGACACUCGAUGUCUCGUUCAACCUGGCCCACAACAUCAUGGCCUUCGUGCUUUACUCGGGGAAAGGCGGCGCAGAAUAUCAGUUCAAUGAUAUGUCGAACUGGGUCGACGUCAUGCGGCACCAGACUGCUCGCUGCUGGAUCGUCUACAAACAGUAUGACUUCAAGAAGCACCACUGGUUCAUCCUCUUCAUACCCAUACUGCUCUGCCUCGGGGCCAUCGUCUGCGCAGUCAUGGACAUCGUAGUCCUCUCCACCCUUCACGAGUCGACCUCGAUACCCGACGCGACCCGCCUCCGGCCAUACCUAGUCGCUUACUUCAUUUUGACCCUCGCGUUGAACAUCUUAGCGACAGGCUUGAUCGUAUAUCGCAUCUGGGACAUACACCAUCAGACCACUGCAUUCUUCAAGAGCAGCUUGUGUAGCACAGACCGCAUCAGAAGUGCAAUGCGAAUAUUCGUCGAGUCUGCACUGCUCUAUACCCUCUCGGUCGGGGUUAGCAUCAUCGUCGAGCUCGCGGGAUCGAACGCAUACUACGGGACCAGCGACCUUAGCGUGGAGCUUGCGGGCAUCACAUUCGACCUCAUCAUCAUACGCAUCUGGCGUGGCGUCACGGCGGAGCAAACCCCUCACUUUGCACAAUCGCAGGGGCGAGGGCGCGACGAGCGAAGAGAUACCCAGGAAGUGCAUACGAUGGAGCGCAGUAGGGCUGUGUCCCCCAUUGUCGUCAGCCUUCAUACCGUUCGCAUCGAAGAUGGCAAGGACUGGCCUUGA